AUGGGUGUUGGUCGCCGCAUCGGCAAAAAGCAAGGCUUGCCCGAGCCGCUCUCCGAAGAGCACUUUGCCCGUCUCAAGCGGAAAGCUGGUCUACCCGUCGAUUCGCCCGCCGCCAGCGCCGACAGCCCUUCCUCGAAGCGCCGCCGGGGCAACAGCACAAAACCAGAGAAAGCUGCCGCUGCCGUUGUGAAGAACCCUGCAAAGAAGAAUGCCGUUGCAGCAACGAAUGGCGUGCAGAAGAACGGCACAAUAGCGGCCGCAGCGAAGAAGACGGACAAGACGGCACCUGCGCCGAAGAAGAAACAACUCCUGGACCCGGACUCGAGCGAUGACGAUGACGACAUAAGCAUUGGCUCCGACGAGGGUGCCGGCGGCGCUCUGCUUGGCGAGGACUCGGACGACGAGGCUGUCAUGCUUGGCGACGACUUUUUAGGCUCAGACGACGAGGAGGAGGAGGACGAUGUGAUGGACUCGGACAUUGAGGACGACACCGGCAAGGGCGGCUUUGUAUUCUCAGACGAUGAGGACGAGUCGGACGCCGAGGAGAAGCUGACGGCCGCCAACAUCGAAGGCCUGUCGCGGAAACUCGAAAAGAAACAGGCGCGCGACGACGCCGCCGCUGAGGCUGAGCUCAAGGAGAGCGCCCUACAGACCAACAUUGUCGGCACCAACAUGUUUGACGAGAGCGAGGACGACGGCGAGGGCGGUGAGGACGGCCUGCCGGGCGCCGGUAGCGGCAAAGCCAAGACGAACCUGGCGCCCGACCUGCAGCUGCUACGUACCCGCAUCAGCGAGACCAUCCAGGUUUUGGAGGACAUGGGCCGUCUGGCCGCCAAGGACCGCUCGCGCACCGAGUACGUCGCCCAGCUGAUCAAAGACAUUUGCGCGUAUUACGGCUACUCCGAGUACCUCGCCGACAAGCUGUUUCACCUGUUCCCGCCGCGCGAGGCCUUUGCCUUCUUCGAGGCCAACGAGACACCCCGUCCCGUUGUGCUGCGCACCAACACACUCAAGACGCACCGUCGUGAGCUGGCGCAGUCGCUCAUCAACCGCGGCGUCACCCUCGAGCCUGUCGGCAAGUGGAGCAAGGUCGGUCUGCAGGUGUUCGAGUCCAACGUGCCCCUUGGUGCUACGCCUGAGUACCUGGCCGGCCACUACAUUUUGCAGGCCGCAUCGUCCUUCCUGCCCGUCAUGGCCCUGGCGCCCCAGGAGCAUGAGCGUGUCCUCGAUAUGGCCGCUGCCCCUGGUGGAAAGACCACGCACUUGGCUGCGCUGAUGAAGAACACGGGCGUCGUCUUUGCCAACGAUCCGUCCAAGGCCCGUUCCAAGGGUCUGAUUGGCAACGUUCACCGUCUGGGCGCCCGCAACGUCAUUGUCUGCAACUACGACGCCCGCGACUUCCCCCGCGUCAUGGGCGGCUUCGACCGUGUCCUGCUCGAUGCCCCCUGCUCCGGCACGGGCGUCAUCGCCAAAGAUGCCAGCGUCAAGACCAACAAAACUGAGAAGGACUUUAUGCAGCUGGCCCACAUCCAAAAGCAGCUGCUGCUCUCGGCCAUUGACUCGGUCAACCACGCCAGCAAGACCGGUGGCUACCUCGUGUAUUCUACUUGUUCCGUCGCUGUUGAGGAGAACGAGGCCGUUGUCGCCUACGCCCUCAAGCGCCGCCCCAACGUCCGCCUCGUCGAGACUGGUCUUCCCUUUGGCAAAGAAGGCUUCACCAGCUUCAUGGGCAAGUCCUUUGACCCUUCCAUCAAACAGACCCGCCGCUUCUACCCCCACCACCAAAACGUCGACGGUUUCUUCGUCGCCAAAUUCAAAAAGUUUGCCCCCACGCCGGCCAACGCUGUCCGCGCCGAGGGCGGCUCGACCAAAGCCGCCGCCGCUUUCGGUUCCUCCGACGCCGAGACCAACGGUGACGAUGGCGACGCCAUCCGUGCCAGCGACAAGAUGCCUAUCGGCGAGGACAAUGCCGAGGGCAAAGACGAGGACGACGAUUUCGGCGGUUUCGACGAAGACGAGGACAGCAAGUACAUGGACCGCGCGCGGAAGAACGCCAUGCGUCGCCGUGGUCUGGAUCCGCACAUGCUGGACCGCAAGCCCACGAAGAAGGAGGGCAAGACGGCCAAGACGGAGACGGAGGAGGCUAAGGAGAGCGCCACAUCGGACUCUGAUGCUGCUCCUACUACUACUGGAAAGAAGGACAAGGCCACGCCGGUAACACAAAAGACGCCAAAGACGCAAAAAGGCAAGCCGGCACAAGCGAGAAAGAGCAAAUAG